AUGAAGAGUCAUGAUUGCCAUGUAUUCAUGCAAAGACUUAUUCCUAUUGCAUUUGCGGAGCUAUUGAAACCGAGUGUCCACGGAGCGUUAUGCGGUAUCAACACAUUCUUUCGAGAUAUAUGUGCAAGAUCUCUGAGAAGAAGUAAUGUAGAGACGAAGAAAAGGAGGGCUAUCAACGAAGACGAUAGAAGUUAUCUCUACCACUAUGAUUCAUGUUUCGGACUUAUUCCCGAAAGCUUUCAGCCUACUGGACGCCUCGGAGGCAAAUCUGAAGAAUAUUGGUUAACUGUACAAGAGUACAAUCACAUCGCCACAUAUAUACUGUUGAAUUGUGAAGAACUUAAGCCAUACGAAAGACUUUUUGACGAGGAUGUUUUGGCAACAUAUCCUAACCUAAGUGGGGAGGAACUUGAAGGAAUGAAGGAACAACAUUAUGCAUCUUGGCUUCGAGACUACAUUCAGUCAUGCAGUGAUAGAAUUCCGGCAUGGAUCAGAGAUAUAUCACAUGGACCUGGAAGAAAAGUCAUUUGCUAGUCGAUAAUGUUCACCC